CCGUCACAAAGUCAUUUGACCACUUCUUUCCAGCAAUCUUUGUCCCGACUUAGUUUAUUACCGUCACAAUGGUCAAACUCACUGAGGUUGAGGAUGAGCACUUUGCUCAAGAGAAGCCCAUGGCCACCAAGAGCAAUGUUCUUCUUGCCACGGACGAUGAGGACGAAGACUACACUGACACGGAAUCCGAAAUUUCCGUUGAAUCCGACCUCGAUGUCGAAAGCGAGACCCUGUACGAGCGAGUGGCCGCUCUGAAAGAUAUCGUCCCUCCGUCAGCUCGGCGCCAGAUCUCCUCCACCGUUUCCACACUCACCUCGUUCACAAAGUCCAGCAUCUCCUUCAGCGGAAAGGCGCUCUGGAUUCUUAGCACCAGUGCUUUCCUCCUUGGCGUUCCAUGGGCGCUUGCCUAUGCCGAAGAGGAGCAGUACGUUCAGAUGGAGCGUGAGCAGGGAAUGAUCAAGGGUGCUAACGAGGUAUGUUGACGGACAUUUUUCCUCUUUAAGUCAUUCCAUCAGAUUGUUUCGACUCGGUUCUUUGGGAUCUGUCCGGUUCUUUGAGCACCAGCAGCGGUGUGAAAACUCUUACUUGGGGACUUGUUCUGCAAAGAAAGCGAGGCACACGCGAUUCUGAGUUAUAUCUUUGCAUUUGCAUUGUUACGAGCUGUUUGAGUUUGAUUGGAGCAUGCUGACAACUGUUCUCCUACAGAUGCUCACACCCGGCGCUCUUCCCGCUGAGAACAAGCAGGCCCAACCUACUCUGUAAAUGAACA